GGCGGCCAAUGGGAGGGGGAGAGGGGCAGGGCUGGUGGGGAGGCCAGCAGUCCGGGUUGACAGUGAGUGGACCGAGUCCCCCUCAGUUUUGCGGGGAAGAGAAGAAGAAGAAGAAGAAGAAGGAAAAAGAGGGGAAAAAGAAGAUGAGCGUCAAAGUUGGAAGAGGCUGCAACUGAAAGGACAGGAGAAGAAAGGAUAGGGAAGGAAAACCGAGGAGAAGAGGAAACGGAAGAGAAGAAUCCUUUGAAACCUGCAACAAAGCGAGACAAGGAUACAGUUUCCAGCUAACUUUCCAGUGGCGGCUUUUCCCCUUCAUCCUCCUCAGAGGAAAUCAAGACCAGGAGAUUUUGCUAUUCUUUCCCCACUUUUUUCCUCCUUGCUUCCUUCCUCUUCCCUGAAAGAAAAAGGAGGGGGAAAUAGAAAGGAGAUUCUGCUAUUCUUUCCCCACUUUUUUCCUCCCUGCUUCCUUCCCCUUCCCUUAAAGAAGAAGGAAGGGGAAAUAAAAAGGAAAUUCUGCUAUUCUUUCCCCACUUUUUUCCUCCCUGCUUCCUUCCUCUUCUCUUAAAGGAAAAAGGGGAAAUAAAGGAGUUUCUUCUAUUCUUUCCCCAUUUUUCCCUCCCAGCUUCCUUCCUCUUCCCUUAAAGAAAAAGGAGGAGGAAGUCAAAAGGAGAUUCUGCUAUUCUUUCCCCACUUUUUCCCUUCCUGUUUCCUUCCCUUAAAGAAGCAGGAGGGGGAAAUAGAAAGGAGAUUCUGCUAUUCUUUCCCCACUUUUUUCCUUUCUGUUUCCUUCCCUUAAAGAAGGAGGGGAAAAUAGAAAGGAUAUUCUUCUAUUCUUUCCCCACUUUUUUUCUCCUUGCUUCCUUCCUCUUCCCUUAAAGAAGAAGGAAGGGGAAAUAACGCAGUUUAUUCUAUUCUUUCCCCAUUUUUUCCUCCCUGCUUCCUUCCUCUUCCCUUAAAGAAGAAAGGGGGAAAUAAGGCAGUUUAUUCUAUUCUUUCCCCACUUUUUCCUCCUUGCUUCCUUCCUCUUCCCUUAAAGAAGAAGGAAAGGGAAAUAGAAAGGAGUUUCUUCUAUUCUUUCCCCACUUUUUCCUCCUUGCUUCCUUCAACUUCCCUUAAAGAAGAAAGGGGAAAUAAAGGAGUUUAUUCUAUUCUUUCCCCACUUUUUUCCUCCUUGCUUUCUUCCUCUUCCCUUAAAGAAGAAGAAGGGGGAAAUAAAAAGGAUAUUCAUCUAUUCUUUCCCCACUUUUUCCUCCCUGCUUCCUUCCUCUUCCCUUAAAGAAGAGGAAGAGGGAAAUAGGAGUUUCUUCUAUUCUUUCCCCACUUUGUUCCCCUCUUAUUUUGUAUUUUUGUCGGACUUUGGCUCCUGGAUCCUCUCCCUUUUCCCAUGCCAGCCAUGAUCGAGAAAGGCCCCGAGGUUUCGGGCAAAAGAAGGGGUCGGAAUAACCAGGCGGGCAGCAAUGCCAAUUCCUCCUCGGCUGCUUCUUCUGCUGCUGCUUCUGCUGCUUCCUCCACCCCCAACCCCACCGCCACCACCUCCAGCAGCAGCAGCAGCAACAACAAUAGUGGGAAUAAUAAAAGUUUGGUCCCGAUUGGAGGAGCGGCGGCGACGGCAGUGGCUCCCAAUGGGAACAGCAGCAGCAACAACUCCUGGGAAGAAGGCAGCUCGGGCUCCUCCAGCGACGAGGAACAAGGAGGAGGAGGUAUGCGAGUGGGACCCCAGUACCAAGCCGUUGUCCCUGACUUCGAUCCUGCUAAAAUUGUGAAGCGGACUCAGGAACGGGAGAACCUUGGCAUGCUGGUCUGGUCACCUAACCAGAAUAUUUCUGAAGCAAAGUUGGAUGAGUAUAUCGCUAUUGCAAAGGAGAAGCAUGGGUACAAUAUGGAACAGGCCCUUGGGAUGCUCUUCUGGCACAAGCAUAACAUUGAGAAAUCUCUGGCUGACCUACCUAACUUCACCCCUUUUCCAGAUGAGUGGACAGUUGAAGACAAAGUCUUGUUUGAGCAGGCUUUCAGUUUCCAUGGGAAAACAUUUCAUCGAAUCCAGCAGAUGCUUCCUGACAAAUCGAUAGCAAGCUUGGUGAAAUUCUAUUACUCCUGGAAAAAGACAAGAACCAAAACAAGUGUCAUGGAUCGUCAUGCUCGCAAGCAGAAAAGAGAGAGGGAGGAGAGUGAGGAUGAAAUGGAAGAAACAAAUGGAACUAACCCUAUUGACAUUGAGGUUGAACAAAACAAGGAGAGCAAAAAAGAGGUUUCUACUCCUCAGGUGCCUCCAGUGGAACCGAUUCCUCAGGUAAAGAAGGAGAAGCACAGUAGCCAGGCCGCGAAGAACCGAGCCAAGAGGAAACCUCCCAAAGGAAUGUUCCUUUCCCAAGAAGAUGUGGAAGCUGUCUCCGCCAACGCAACCGCCGCUACCACCUUGCUGCGGCAACUAGAUAUGGAAUUGGUCUCCAUCAAACGACAGAUUCAGAAUAUCAAGCAAACAAACAGCGCUCUGAAAGAGAAACUUGAAGGAGGGAUUGAACAAUACAGGCUACCUGAGGUUACAAUGAAAUUUAAUGCACGCUGGACCACAGAAGAACAGCUUCUUGCUGUGCAAGCAAUCAGGAAAUAUGGCCGUGACUUUCAAGCCAUCUCAGAUGUGAUUGGAAACAAAUCCGUGGUGCAAGUGAAAAACUUUUUUGUAAAUUACCGGCGGCGCUUUAACAUAGAUGAAGUUCUACAGGAGUGGGAAGCAGAGCACGGCAAGGACGAGAUGAAUGGAACCAAUACCCAGAAACCUGUAAAAUCACCGGAUAAUACCAUUAAAGUGUCAGAAGAAGAAGAAGAGGCUACUCCUGUGCUGGAUGUCAGAUACCCAUCUGCUUCAUGAGAAACUCAGGAAGCCUAGAACAAUGCUAUGUUGUGACUACUGCAUUAUCUGCAAUAUCAGGUAUUAGCAAAACCUCAGAACAGCCAUCUGCAUCAUAUCUCUGUGAACAAGCA